CUACAGGCAAACUUAUUCGCGUUGCACGUUCUAAAUAUACGUAAAUAAAGAUCUUCAACGAAUAGCCAGUACAAAACAUGAUUCGUAGGCAAGCUCGGUUAAGACGGGAAUAUCUUCUGCAAAAGGCGGAGAAAAAGCGUAGAGACAAAACAAUUGGUCAGAAGGAGAUUCUAGCUGCAGGUCUGGUGAAAGGAAAAGUGAAUAAAGCAUCCUUAUCUAAUGCAUUUUCCACAAAGGAGAAGCUCAAAUAUGUGGAUGUUGAUGAAGCUGAUGACGAGUAUAAAUAUAUGAGCGACUACAUGCCAAAAGUUAUGAUAACAACUUCGCACAAUCCUUCUGCAAAGCUAAAAGUUUUUGUAAAAGAAUUAAGACUGUUAUUUCCGAAUUCGCAACGCAUAAACAGAGGUAAAAGUGAUUUGAAACAACUGACCCGAGUAUGCUGUUCCAAUGGAGUAACGGACAUUAUUGUUGUUCAUGAACAUCGCGGAAUUCCAGAUAACAUGGUCAUUAGUCACUUGCCAAACGGGCCCACAGCGUUUUUUAAUAUAUCAAAUGUAGUUAUGCGUCAUGAUGUCCCCUUUAUGGGCAACAUCAGCGAGCAAAUGCCACAUUUAAUAUUUCACAAUUUCAAAACCAAAAUAGGACAACGAGUAACGAAAAUAUUGAAACAUCUCUUUCCAACACCAAAAUCGACUUCUAAAAGGGUUAUAACAUUCGCAAAUAAUGACGAUUUUAUAUCUUUUCGCCAUCAUACAUUUAAAUAUGAUAAAGAACUAGAAAUAACGGAGAUAGGACCUAGAUUUCAACUUAAAUUAUAUCAAAUUAAAUUGGGAAAAUUAGAUGAGAUAGAAGCAUCUGAUACCGAAUGGGUACUGAGACCCUAUAUGAACACAUCAGCUAAAAACAAGGUUUUAUCGAACGAAGUUGGUUGGGAAGAGAAUAUCAAUUAGAGAUAAGGUAUUUGUUUACAAAAAUUCACUAAAAAAA